GAGAUACAUUUAUACGGGACAAAGAAACAAGGGUAUAACUUGAAGGCUUGGAAGCGAUUCGUUGAUGGCGGCUCGGCAGAUGCAGAGGCGAGUACUAUCGCUUAUUGCUGGUAGCAGUAGGCUACCGCAGAGAUCUCUCCGUAAAGAACCCUCCUUGCAAUUUUCUCCUUUUGCAAAUUCAUCCUUCUGCAGAGCUCCAUCCUAUAGGAGAAUUCAGACGGCGGUUGAACCCAGCCAGCAAGCUAUUGAAGGAUGUGAAGCUUGCAGUUCGAAGCUUGAUUCUAACUCAGCAAAAGUUCUCUCCGACCCAUCGAGUAAUCCCAGUUCGGCUGUGAAGUACAAUGCUAUUUCCAACUUGAAGAUGUCCCCGCGUCACGACCUUGCAAUGGUCUUUACUUGCAAGGUCUGUGAUACAAGAUCUGUCAAGACACUUUGUCGUGAAUCAUAUGAGAAAGGUGUUGUGGUGGCAAGGUGUGCUGGGUGCAAUAAUUUACACUUGAUUGCAGAUCAUCUGGGUUGGUUUGGAGAGCCAGGGAGCGUUGAGGAGCUCCUGGCUGCUCGCGGAGAGGAAGUGAAAAAGUGUAGCAUGGAUACUUUGAAUCUAACUCUUGAAGAUUUGGCCGGGAGGAAAGAAGAAACCUCGGAAGAUUAAAGGGUGGAUUUCUUGUGAUAAUUUAGCCAUAAUGGUUUCACGUUUAAUAUUUUGAUAAUAUAAUCUUGAGUUGGAUCUUGUCCCUAUAAUGGUUUAACGUUUAUUUAUUUAUUUCAUUCUUUC